AUGAGAGACGAGGCCUCCCCUAUUUGGGAUUUCCGCAGGAACGUCGCGGGCAAAGUCGUUGCUUUCUGUAAAGUGUGUGAGGAUGGCAUGGAGCAAAAUGCUACUCCCAGUCACUGUGGACGGCACGAAGAGUCCCAAUCCCAUGAGUUAGCUCUUCAACAUCAGCAGGGCCAAAUGCAGAACCAGACGCUUGAGCCUGGCGUAACGGAUCCUGAUGUGAACAUGCCUAUUACAGACCACGAUAUUGUCGUCGACGGUCUCCGACACCUAUUGGCGUCUCUGGGAGGCAAAUCCUUCCCUUAUCCGAUCUCAAACUGGCAAUCCAAUGUACAAGACAAUGAUAAUGGCUCGACAUCUACUCUGGGGAUCGAUUGGGGUCUUAUUGAACUGAGCGGUGAUACGGAAUUCACUCCCUUGGCAGAUGAGAGAGCCGUGGCAUCCAUCGCGAAUACCAUACUGGGACGCUUUGAGCUCGACCUCGAUGCUCUCUCUGACGACGAGGAGCUCGAACGCUCUGAUGGCGGGUCGGAUGUCAAAGGAGGAGAUGAACCCCAGGGACGCUACGGUAUUAUCCCUCACAACCAGGUCAACCUCCUCCCAAACGUGCUCGCGGUGAUCGCGAACAUCAGUCUGGAGCAGAACGGCGUUCAUGGUAUCCUUGGGAAGAUCGAAUACGUAGAUUAUUGCCCAGGUACUCGGAUUAUGCUACCAGUGUUCAAGAGCUCAUCACCCUACCAGGAGAUGGCAAAUCCUAAAGUCCGGCCAAAUCUUUCUUUCUAUCCCGAAGAUUCGGGAAAGAAGAUCUCUGAAGCACGUCAAGCCGCUCGUUGGUUGCACGAAAUGCCCGACGAUCAGCUGACUCCAAUGCACCGAAUCAAAAAUCACGAUUAUUACAUCUACGAACCGGCAAUGGCGACCUCGUCAAUUGACGGAUCAGUUCAACAUGUUGUUCCCGUGCGCUGGUUCUCCCGCGAGGGAUCCAUUCAUGCCAAAUGCUGGAGAAUGAUUCCGGUUGUGACUGAUCAGAUCUCCGGCUGGCGCGUCAUCAAGACCAGGACAGUUGAAGUCAGUGAAGCUCAAUUUUUCAAAACAUUUGUGGAAUUUCAGAGCGACGCAGCAUUAUAUAAUGUUCCUCAUCCGUCUCUAAUUAUUGACGUUGUCAAUCAAAGUUCAGCCGCCGGACAAACCUCUCCAUGGAAAUACACAAAUCCUGUAUUGGGAAAUCCGUGGCGAGCAAAAGCUGCGGGUGCCCGGGUCGUUUCCUUUCCAAUGUGGUUGUAUUGUGAUGACACCUCGGGGAACAUCUCGAAGAAGUGGAACAAACACAACAGCUUCCUUAUGACACCAGCAGGCUUGAACCAACACGAGAGUCAAAAGGAGUACAAUAUUCACUUUCUUGCUACGUCUAACCUCGCCCCUCCACUUGAGAUGAUGGAUGGGAUUGUUCAACAAAUUGAAACAGGACAAGAAAAUGGUAUCUGGUGCUGGGAUAUCAUUUAUAAUGAACCGGUACUCGCAAUAUCUGAAGUUCUCGCACUUCUAGGUGAUAAUCCCAUGCAGAGCAAGUUUGCGUGCCACAUUGGGCUGCGCGGCAAGUUCUUUUGUCAUGCCUGCUGGGCAAAAGGUCAUUCCUCCGAACCCGAAUCCGACACAAUACCUUCUUCCACACAAGUGAUCGCUGAAAAUCUGAAUGUGGGAAAUGACCAAGCCGAACGCAGGGAUGACACGAAUGGCAUCGAUGAAGGUGCUCAGAGCGAGGACAGCGCAGCCAGCAUCGAAUCUACAUCAGGUGUUAAAAAGGGCAGGGCUAAACAUGCUGUGGAAACAAUGGCUCAAAUGGUUGCCCGAGUCAAAGCGUUCAUGACGAUAGGACGGCUACGAAAUAAAGAGGAAACGAUGAAACAUCUUCGAUCUGAGUUUCUUCUUGCCUCAACCACUGUUGAUAAGAAAACGCAAAUCAAAGAUCAGCGAACAGAGACCGGAAUCAAAGACACCUUCCAGCUAUUUUUCGAGGAGAAAUUAUUCGAUUCCUUCAAGAACAAACGCGGAUACCCUGCCCGCUUGCAGGCCCUUGAUGCUCAAGCAAAAUCUAUGCCUGCAAAUGUCAUGAGCCCCGUAUGGCGAAUUCGAGGCUUGGAUCCACAUCAAGAUACACCUGUGGAGAUUUUGCAUGUCGUUCUCCUUGGCUUUGUCAAGUAUUUAUGGCGCGAUCUGAUUCAGCUUCAGCUCAAGAACAAGGAUGACAAAAAAAAAAAUCUGAUCACACGGUUGAAUUCCUUCGAUACGAACGGUCUCGGAAUCUCACCUCUGGCGGGACAAACACUGGUGCAAUAUGCAGGGUCUCUUACGGGUCGUGACUUCCGUGCGAUCGCCCAGGUCGCGCCGUUUGUCGUGUUUGACCUUGUAGCACCAGAAUGUUUCGAAAUUUGGAAGGUGUUAUCAAAGCUGGUACCUCUGAUAUGGCAGCCAGAAAUUGUGGAUAUCGACGUCUACAUGGAAUUACUCACUCGAGAAAUCAAUCACUUCCUGGCAUGCGCGGCUCAAUGA